UUUCUCGAAGGUUCCAAGGCCAGAGGGAAAAGGCGGGAAAUCAGCGGAAGCGUGGCUCCGAGCCGACGGAGCCAGCGAGGCGGUCACGUGACCGGCGCGCUGCCUGCCGGGAGCUGCGCCCCGGGCGCCUGCGCAGAGGAGCACGAAGCCUUGGCGCUCCCACGCUUCUGAGGAGGGCAGGUCGUGGCCGAAUCUCCCCUCGCGAGUGGGACAAGAGGUUUGUACCUCCAGAGUAUGAUGGCAAACCACCUCGUAAAACCUGAUUCUAGAAACUGCAAGAGGUCAAGAGAAUCGGAGCCUCAGGUGUCAGAUAGUCCACAAGUACCCUCUCUUGGAAAAUCGGAUUCUUCUUUCUCUGAAUGUUCUGGACUCCUUUAUAAAGAGGAAACCCUGGAGAAGGAUUUGAGUGAUAUGAGCAAGGAAAUUAAUCUGAUGUUGUCUACAUAUGCAAAGCUUUUGAGUGAGAGAGCAGCAGUAGAUGCAUCUUACAUUGACGAGCUAGAUGGACUCUUCAAAGAAGCCAAUAGUAUUGAAAACUUUCUGGAGCAAAAAAGAGAGUUCGUGAGGCAGAGGUUCACAUUGAUUACCAACACCCUGCACAAGUAAAGUGUCUAUACCAACUGAAAGUCCAUUCCUAUUAUUGCUGUAGUCUACUUGUUAAAGAAAAUACAUGUAGUGAACUGUAACUUUUUCUAAUUUAAAGGGGGUUUUAACCUGAACAGUAAUAUGAAGUUUGUAAUCUUUCUUUUGAGGGUCAAAUAUUUGGCACAUUAUAUAAAAAUAUAAAUUAAAAAUUAUAUAUGUGUUCUUUUUUCCUCCUUUACUUUUAAAUUGCUUAACCCUUCUUAAACUGUGAAAGAGGACUCUGUUAAUUUGAUUAUGUCUAACAGUAUUUGUUUAAAUAGCAGCUAAUUUUGGAGAUAGUUUUAAAUGUUUUUUUUGGUUAGUAUUAUAAAAGAACAUUAAACAUUAAAAGUAAUUUGUCCAGUUUUUCAACAUAUAAUAAAAUAUAACUGUGCUACUGCUAUUUAAUAUUACCAUUUAAUUAUUUUUACUUUUAACCAUUAUAUUUGACUAAUAAAAAUUUGGCUUAAAACAUUUUCAUGUGAUAAAAGUAGUAAAAUAAAAAUUGAAAAUUA